AUGCGAAAGAGUUCGAGCAGAAAAUGCGAAAUAGUUCCAGUCAGUCAGUUGAAAAUCGGUUGCCCAAUCGACAUGUUUCGCCUGGGGCGAUGGCUUUUCCCGGUGCUCGGUCUGAUAUUAAACGCGAUCUGCUUGAUCCGCGGUGCCCGAGUUCUUAUUGUCGAUCCCUUCGAAUCGCACGCUCAAUGCCGUCUGAUGACACCCUAUAUUCAGGCACUCACUGAUCGGGGUCACCAGCUGACUGUGAUACAUGCGUUCAAGCACUGCAAGCUUAUUCAAAAUGUGUCCUUCAUUCGUAUUAGGGAUAAUAAUAACGUUAUUUCGGACUUUGAAGACAUCCUGGAAAUCCCUUCUACUCAGAGCAAGUGGGAAGAAAUGAGUUCUAUGGCGAGAAUCAUGGCUAACGUUGGUCUAAACGUACUGAAUAACGAGGAGGUUCGGGCAUUGAUGCAAUCGAAUGUUACAUUCGACUUGGUGGUGGUCGAACCAUAUUUCACCGAUGUGCUCUACGGAUUGGCAGCGCACUUCAAAGCCCCGCUGAUCGGACUUUCCACCUGUGCAGCGGAUUGGAAUCUUAAUAGCCUCUUGAGUCACGGAUCAUCCAAUUUGGAGGAGCCUCUUCAAGUUUUCAGCGCGUUACCCGUGCGAAAUAUUAUGAAUCGAAUGUACACUUGGUACUACACCACCGAGGAAUGGCUGCUGAUGCAGUUGGUUUUCCUACCGAAACUAAGACUCGUACACGAUCACUUCUUUGGCCAUCUCGAUCGGAGUUUUCUUGAGAUCCGGCACAGCUUCUCUUUACUUCUGAUGAAUCAGCACUUUAGCUUGUUUCGGGCCAGAUCAAGUGUUUCGGGUAUGAUUGAGGUGGGUGGCCUUCACAUACCCAAACAGAUUCCAAGCUUGCCGGAGGAUCUGCAGUUGUUCAUUGAUGAGGCCGAACAUGGUGUGAUCUACUUCGCCUUGGGUGUGGAGCAGAAGAGUAAGGAUUUGCCGAAAGAAACCAAGAAAAUGUUGCUGGAGAGUUUUAAGUCGAUGCCACAGCGCGUUAUUUGGAAGUUUGAAGAGGAACCUCCUGAGAACUUGACCAGUAAUAUAUACCUAUCAGAACUUUUGCCACAACAAGCCAUAUUGGCACAUCCAAACGUAAGGCUUUUUAUUAGCCACGGUGGGAUACUAAGUAUUAUCGAGGCCACCUAUUUUGCGAAGCCCGUUUUGGGCGUGCCUUUGUUCUUCGAUCAAUUCAGAAAUUUGAAAGUUUUGAUGGAGCAGGAAGCAGCUCUACAGUUGAACAUAAACAGCAUGACAAAAGAAGAGUUCGUGGAUACUUUGGAAAACCUAAUAAAUCAACCAAAAUACAGGGAAAAUGCCUUGGUCAUGUCCCGAAAAUUUCGGGAUAGGCCUAUGCAUCCCAUGGAAACGGCCAUUUAUUGGACAGAAUACAUCAUACGCUACAAGGGAGCAAAUCAUCUGAGAGUACUUCAAUCACAAAUAAAGCUGGUCGAAUAUUAUUGCCUGGAUAAAUUCCUGAUAGUCGGAGUACGCUUAUUCUUGGUAAUGGGCAUAGUUCUUUUUGCGCUUUUGAAAGGAAGGUGUUGGCUCGUUCGUUUGACCAGAUACGCGAAGCCUUUUUGGAAUCAUCACAACAUCGAAGCGACUUUGAAGAGUUCUUAAUGAUCACUUCUCCGGCGAACAAGUGGGGAGAAAUGAUUUCCUUGACCAGAAUCAUGGUUAACGCUGGUCUAAAU